AUGGCAGAGUUGGAAGUGAUGUUCGACGGCUCUUCACUUCCAAAACAAAAGAGUGUGGAAUCAGUUUCAUCAUCAGUGUUUGAUAAGCUCACCGACGAGCUCUUAAUCGAAACCCUAAUUCGUCUCCCUAUAAAGCCAGCCAAUUUCUGUAAGUGCGUCUCAAUACGCUUUCGCUCUUUGAUUUCCACUUCAUAUUUCGUACGUUGUUAUUUGAAUCAUCAUCAAAUCAACAAUUCUUUUGCUCUUUAUUAUCAAUCGAAACCUACGUUCCAUAACAUGAUUCGUCCUUCCUUAAUGGGCAUCGAUAUUGCUUUCGGAUUCCCCAUUUUCGAAUCUCCAGGGUUUUCUUUAUCUUUUCUUGCUUCUGAUUCUGAACAACAAAACCAAGAAACUUUUCAGUACCUAGCUUCAAACAACGGAUUAGUUUUAUGCUGUGCUGCUAUGCGUCGCCCAAUUGUUUACUUUGUUUGUAAUCCGUUAACAAAGCAAUGGAUUUCUCUUCCUCCCCCUCCUAGUAAUGUUAAAACAGUUUACACUGGGUUUAUAUGUAAUCCCCAAUAUUCAUUUAAUGAUGAUAGGAAAACAAGCUUCAAAGUGGUUCGAAUUGAAGUAGUUAAGUGUGAGUCACCUAUGCAACUCUCAGGUGUCCUAGUGCUAACCAUUGAGCUUCCACAUGAGAUAAGAAAGCCGUUAUGGGCUCUUAAAUAUUGCUUAGGGGAGUCUGCUGGUUGUCUUAGAUAUGCUAAUUUUUCAUGGGAUGAUACGAAUUACAGAGUGUGGGAACUCAAGAAUGGUGGUGAGUGGUUGUUGUUGCAUAAAGUUCACUUGGAUGAAAUGAAAUCCACAGUUGAAACAAUUAACAAGGAUUGCAUGGGUUUGCUUUCACCUCAUCCACUUGAUCAAGAUAUUGUUUUCUUUUGGUGUCGAUCCUCGUGUAGAAUUGUUGAAUACAACAUGAGGAACAAGAUUUUGAAGUUACCAUGUUUUCUUCGAGAUGUGAAGAUUAUUAGUCUUUUGAGCCCUAUGUUCUUCCCAUUUGUGCUUCCUUGUUGGCCUACCACAAGAUUUCAUUUCAUAUGCUCCUUUAAAUCAGUGAGGAAUGGAAUGAACAAAAGAGGGUCUUGCAGAGAAUGAAAAAGCAUGGGGUUAGAGGGAAUGAGAUUCACGGAGUAAUGAAACAUUCAUUUGAAUGAUUAUUUGCCUAAAUUUCGAGCAAAUCUUAAAUAUUUUGAUCCUUGAUUUGGCGGAUAACCAUACCCUGAUCUUUCUGCUUUCACUUCUUUGAUAUGCCAAGAUUAUCGGUCUUUUGAACCCUAUGUUCUUCCUAUUUAUGCGACGUUCCUCUCAUCCAACAACAUGGCCUAAGCUUGUAGAUAAAAUGUUUGGUAUGCAUAAGCUCGUUGCUUGUUUUGUUACAACAACACAUUGUAUAAUAAUGAUCAUUGAUAUGAAUUCUGGUGUCG